AUGAAAGCCACUCUCUUGAGUGUCGCCGCUGUGUGCGCGCCAGUCGUGUUGGCUGUUCCGCAUGGAGAUAAUCACCGUCACCAACACGCCGCACGCCGUGUCGAGACUGAAUACUCGACCGUCACCGACGUUGUUACCGUUACCGCCAACAAUGCUGUCGUCUGGGUCGAUCAGUUCAACAAUGUCCUCUCGACCGAGUACCACGGCCACCCAACACCCACCACUCUUCCCUCAAGCUCCGAAACCAUCUCUUUGGCUGUCACCCCUACACUCGCUGCGAAUGCUGCCUUCGCUUCCGAACUCGAGGCUUCCAUGGAGACGCUUGAAAGUUCUGCUGCUCCUACAACUUCCAUCCCAGACAGUGUAUUCUCGGUCUAUCUCGCACCAGCAGAGGCCACCAACUCCCCCGUUCCUCUGACUACUGACGACCCUGACGCUGCUACUGCCGCUCCCACCUCAGCCGAGCCCAGCGUGGCCGCAGCCCCCGACGAUAGAAUUGCAAACAAAGGCAUGCACGGCGGCCAUGGCGGAGCCAGUUCUGACACCAGUGCAGCCGGUGGUGGCUUUGGUAUCGACUUCGAACUCAUUGGUUCCAAUGGCUGCAAGCCUCAGGCCCAGUUGAACUCUGAAUUCGGCUUCCUCUCUACCCAAGGGUUUUCGAAGAUCCGCUUCUACGAUAUCGGCUGUGACCUUAGUGUGGCCACCGCUGCUGCCGCCGCCGCGGGCUUCUCGGUCACUCUCGGUCUCAACGGUAUCGGUAACGUUAAUGGUGAUCUGUCAAUCCUCAUCGGCAUGAUCAAAGGAAAUUGGGGCCCCAUCGAUACCGUGGUCAUUGGCAACGAAGUCAUCAAUCAAGGCGGUAACCCCGGUCAAAUCGCUGAUGCGAUCAACAGUGGCCGCGCUCAACUGCAGGCUGCCGGGUACACCAAGAACGUGGUCGCGGUUGACACUUUCAUGGCGCACACUGCCCAUCCUCAGAUCUGCCAGGCAUCCGACUACUGUGCUGUCAACGCCCACGCUUUCUUCGAUGCCAACACCGCCGCUGCAAACGCCGGCACCUUCGUUAAGAACAUCAUCGGCAAUAUCCAGACGAACGGAAAAGCCAUUAUUGUCACGGAAUCUGGCUGGCCGUACGAGGGAGGCGCCAAUGGUCUAGCGAUCCCCUCGCCUGAGAAUCAACAGGCUGCCGUUGCCAGUCUCAAGGCCGCUUUCGCUGGAAACCCUGGAGGCUUGUUCCUCUUCCAGGCGUACGAUGCGAGUUACAAGCCUGCUGGAGCUUUCGGUGUCGAGCCACAUUUCGGCAUCUACGGCCAUUAG